AUGGCGCCGCUUCCAACCACUUCUCCAUCUCAACUCAUCAACUCAGUCCUUCCAUCAACAACCUCCGCAUCGCAACGAAGUCAACCUCUACCCAUCCCCCCAUCAGUACCAACAUCACCCACCAAUCUGCCCGUCAGCGCGACCUCCCUCAACAGCCCCAACUAUAUUUACACUCUCUCCAAUACCGAGUCAGCACACGCCCUGGCGUACAUUGGAUCAUUCCUUCUCCUCAUCCUCGUUGUCACCUUGCUGCUCAGCGGAGUGGAACGGUGGCUGCGUCGCUGGCUUGUCUGGCGGCUCGAUUUAGGUCCGAAUCAGGAUCAGUGGGAGGAUGGCAGUCAGGAUGAGGAUGUGGUUGAGGUCACGAUGAGGGAUCUGGAGAGGGAAAGGGAGGAAAGGGAAGGACUUGAGAGAGCAAGAGAACUCAGAGGUUAUCGGCUGGAAGGGGUUGAGGAGGAGAAGCAAGGACUGCUGGACAGGUGA